CUAUGUUCAUGCCUAUGUUCUAUGUCAAAGAGCGAAAUUGUCAAAAUAGUCCAUAUGUAAUUUUUUUGGUAAUUGCGAUUUCCUCGUGCUGUUAUAGUUGUUAGAAAUGUCCAGGUUUAUUAUAAAUCGUUGGUUGUUGAGCUAAAAAGAAAACUACUAUCAUCAACAUGGCAAUUGGCUUCAGACAACUGACGAAAUUCGCGAAUUUUUCAAGUUUAGUAGCUUCAAGAACUAGCGGUUUUAAAUUUGAGAAAUCCCCACAAGUUCAAAUUACCCAAAUAAAUCAUCAGUAUUUUCCAAAGGUUGUAAAAACUUUUAAUUACAAUGAAAUUAGGGAGACCAAUUCUAGGACAAACGAUAGUAUUGUGGAUAAUAGAGAGAGUGAUAAUGAUUUAGUUACUAAAGAGAAUGUAAUUGUAAUUGAUAAUUCCCAUUUAGAAGACUUAAAUAACUUAAAUAGACUAAGUUUCAUAAGUUAUUCUGACAUUACGUCCUCACACAAUAAAAAUGAUUUUUGUGCUUUGAAACAGCAGCAGUUUAACAAUCAGAUGGCUCCAGCUAAUGAGCCAUCAAAUAAACCAAGUCCUGAAAAACUUGCCCAUGUGUACCAAACACUGGCUGAUACCUUACCUAAACUCUUCAUUCAACCUUUAGAUUAUAAAAUAUACCACCCAGACAUUGUGUUUGAAGAUCAUAUCAGAAAUAUACAAACUGUAGGUCUUUAUAACUACGUGAAACAAGUAGCUUUACUUCGGACAGUAGGUCAUUUAAAAUUCGCCUAUGUAAAAUUUGAAAUACUGAAAAUCACCCAACAUGCAGAAGAUUCUUCAGUAAAAGUCAGGUGGCAGAUCCGAGGCAUUUCCGCUUUAAAAGUCAUGUUGAGUUUUUGGAAAUACAAACUUUGGGACUUCAAGGAAAUAUUUGAAAAAACGGAAAGUUGGUAUGAUGGAUUUUCUACUUUUUAUGUAAAUUCAGAGGGACAAGUCGUAAAGCAUGUUGCUGAUAAGAUGAUGCCAGAUUCAGAUCACGUGACGGAUAGAGAUGCGAAACCUUUAGUAAGUGCAGCAAAACUAGCGCUUAUCGUAGGAAUAAUUCCAAAAUUUUCUGAUUUAAACUCAUUAGUUUAGAGUCAACAAGUUUAGCAUUUAAUGCUCGUUCACUCGCUUUCAAGAAAUAUCCAUUGCAGCCGUUAAAAUAAAUAACUCUAAGUCUUUGUUUUAAUGUGUUUUUCAUUCUAUUAGAAGGCGUAUUUUAGAUCCUCAAAUGUUUGAACCAGUGAACGUUUGUUACGAAAGAGUGUAAAGAAGUUUAUUAUUACUAAUUUGUUUUUUAUGUCGUUUAAAUAUAUCGAAAGAUGAUUUAUGAUUUGUUUUAUUUAUUGCAACAAGACCUGAUACAGAAUCACCGCAAAUAACUGCAACAGAAAGAGUUGAGAAUAGCAUAUUAUUUCCAAUAGAUAGUCUUAAACAAGAUUCAAUUCCUGGAAUAGAAGAAAGCCCACCCAUUUUUAAAAAAAAAAUAAUCUAAUAGCCUUCUUAAUCUCCACACGACAGUUAUGAACGACUCUAUGCAAAAACAGGCACUGCUAAUGGACUGGAAACAGGCUAUAGUCACUCCUAUAUGUAAGAAAGGUGACAAAAAGAAUCCCAUAAACUACACACCUUCCAAUCAGUCUUACAAACUGUAUCGGUAAAUCACUGGAAAAGGUUUUUACAAAAGAAGUAACUGAG